AUGACUUCCAUUGAUACCCCAACGAGUUCCGAGUCUGACGACGGCUCUCACAAGAUGGAUCUCGUAUACUUCAGCAACGACUUCCCCAAGGAUGACUUGCAGACUUUCUUUCGCCAUCUUCGCAACCAAUCCAAAACUAGGCAGCAUACGAGGUUGGCUCACUUCUUGUCAACUGCCACAAGCGCGGUGAAACAUGAGAUCCAGGCUCUUUCGGCAGAGCUGAAACAGUCUUUUCGACCAUUCGAAUCUCUGCUGGAUUGGGUAGAUGAUACUGAGCUUCGAAAGAGCUCUCUCUGCGGCGCCAUUGACGGAGUAUUGCUAGUAAUUCUCCAGCUAGGCGCUUACAUUGGCUUUAUCGAAGACCAUCCUGACAAAUUCCUGCAAUAUCCGGAGGCGAACAUCACCGCACUCGGCGUUGGCCUCCUCUCAGCUGCCGCCGUCUCGGCUUCGACAACAUUGUCAGAGCUGGCUUCGAACAGUUCUAACGCCGUGUUCCUAGCAUUUCGAUUGGGCAUCUACGUUCAGAACGUCUCGAAGGAUCUUGAUGUGUUGACACCAGAGAACACAGACUCUUGGGCAUACGUUGUCCAGAAUGUUGAACUCGAUGCUGUGAACAAGGAGCUCGAUGACUGGAAUCAGGACAAGGGAGGUCCCGCGACAGGCAGAAUCUUCGUGAGCGCCUAUGGCGGAACUUCAGUGACCAUCAGUGGACCGCCUUCGCAACUCACAGCCCUGGUGACAAAAUCGCACUUCUUCCGCACUGCCAGAUACAUGGCACUACCUGUUUACGGAGGUCUUUGUCAUGCUCCUCACAUCUACAGAGCCGACGAUGUUCAGAGAUUGAUUUUUGGUAUCAAUUUGUCUGCGAUUGAGACUUCAGUCUUGCCGCUCUAUUCGACCAGCUCUGGCCGCCCUUACCCUGCUCGCAGCUUUUCGGGAAUGAUUGAGCAUGUUUUGGGCGAGCUCUUGACUCAAGCCAUCUGCUGGGAUGGUGUGAUAGCUGGUGUAUCGCAUCGCAUCGGAUCGCCUUCAGUCUCCACCAUGUCGCUUUAUUGUCUUGGAAACUCCUUGCCUCUCCACGAACUCAAGAACGCACUUGCUGAGAGUGUCCCGUCGCUUGAGAUUACAACCGAGCUUCUGACGACUUGGAUCUACAGACCUACAAUCAACGAUUCAGCACCACGAUCUACGGGACAAUCCAAACUAGCAAUCGUGGGCAUGUCUUGCAGACUGCCAGGCGGUGCCACAGAUAUUGAGAAAUUCUGGAAGCUCCUUGAGGACGGACUAGACGUCUCGCGACAGAUCCCAGCAGACAGAUUUGACGUCGAGACACACUACGAUCCAACUGGCUCAGAAUUGAACAAGUCCAUGACACAAUACGGCUGCUUCAUCGACGAACCCGGCAUGUUCGAUGCAUCGUUCUUCAACAUGUCUCCUCGCGAGGCUCAGACGGUAGAUCCACAGAUGCGUUUGGCUCUUGUCACCGCUUACGAGGCUCUCGAGCAGGCCGGGUGUGUAGGUGACCGUACCGCAGCGACACAGCUUCAGCGCGUCGGUACCUGGUACGGCCAGGCUGCUGACGACUAUCGCGAGGUUAACCAAGGACAAGCUGUCAGCACCUACUACAUCCCUGGUGGUUGUCGCGCAUUCGGUCCAGGACGUAUCAACUACUUCUUCAAGUUUGCUGGCCCAAGUUACAGUGUGGACACAGCCUGCUCCUCUGGUUUGGCCGCGAUCGAGGUCGCCUGUCAAGCACUCUGGAACGGCGAGGUGGAUACUGCCAUUGCUGGCGGCCUCAACGUCUUGACCAACCCAGAUGGUUUUGCUGGUCUCUGCAAUGGCCACUUCCUUACCAAGGGGCACAAUGCAUGCAAGACAUGGGACGCUAGCGCGGAUGGAUACUGCCGUGCUGACGCCAUUGGCUCCGUGGUUAUCAAACGCCUAGAAGACGCUGAAGCAGACAACGACAACAUUCUGGGCGUGAUUCUCGGUGCAGGCACAAAUCAUUCGGCACAGGCUGUCUCCAUCACCCAUCCUCACGCUGGUCAUCAAGCCGAUCUGUCUCGUCAGAUUCUUCGAAAAGCCGGUGUCGACCCGUUGGACGUCUCUUAUGUUGAGCUACACGGCACAGGCACUCAGGCUGGCGACCACGAAGAGAUGAAAGGUAUCAUGGACGUAUAUGCGCCACUCACAAAACGACGUCGCAAUGAUCAGCCUCUACACAUCGGUGCUGUCAAGUCGAACGUCGGUCACAGCGAAUCUGGAGCGGGCACAACAGCUUUGAUCAAAGUCCUUCUCAUGCUGCAGAAGAACGCCAUACCCCGUCAUGUCGGCAUCAAAACAGAGAUGAACACUAGAUUUGCUAAUGAGCUCGGCAAGCGCAACAUGCAUGUCCCCUUUGAACAGACUGCAUGGUCCAAAGACCCUGCUAAGAAGCGUCUUGCGGUGGUCAACAACUUUGGAGCUGCAGGUGGAAACACAACGAUGCUCUUGGAAGAGGGACCCAGCCGCAGCACUCCUCAAGCAGACCCUCGUGGAGUCUAUCCAGUUGUUCUCUCCGCAAAGACCAAAUACUCUCUUGCAGAGAACAUAUCAAGGAUGAUCAAGCAUAUCGAGCUCCACCCUGAGCUCAGCAUUGCAGACUUGUCCUACACCACCACAGCCCGUCGCUAUCAGCACAGCUAUCGCUACGCAACCGCGGUCUCGGAUAUUGGAUCCCUCAAGCAGAAGCUUGCUGCCUACCUGGACAAGCUUGAAACUUUGAAACCUGUGGGAAAGUCUGCGAAACCCCAGAUCGCCUUCACUUUCACCGGGCAGGGAGCUUCACACAAAUCUAUGAGCCUACAGCUGUACCGCGAUCUUCCGACCUUCAGAGAAUCUAUCCAGCAACUUGACGAUCUAGCCAAGAUACAAGGAUUCCCAUCAUUCGUUCCAGCUCUUGAUGGAUCUCACGACAAGGACCACCUCCACAGUCCUGUCAUCACGCAGCUCGCACUUGUUUGCACCGAAAUUGCGCUGACCAAGUACUGGGAGACACUAGGCGUCAAACCCGAUGUCGUCUGUGGCCACAGUCUCGGCGAAUAUGCUGCGAUGCAUGCUGCAGGGAUUAUCAGUGCUAGUGAAGCCAUAUUCAUGGUGGGUCGCCGUGCUGAGAUGCUGAUAGAGCCAUGCCAGUCAGGCAGCCAUAUCAUGAUGGCUGUUCGUGCCUCUACAUCACAGAUUGAGGAGCUUUCCGAAGGCAAAGACUAUACUGUUGCGUGUAUCAACGGGCCUUCGGACACAGUACUCAGCGGCACCAAACAGCAGAUGGGGGACAUGCAACGAACACUCGAAGCUGGUGGUUUCCGCUGUAUCUUGUUGGACGUGGCUUUCGCAUUCCACUCGGAGCAAACAGAUCCCAUCCUGGACGACUUUGAAGCCGCUGCAAAAGGAGGUGUUAUCUUCCGUGAGCCGAAGCUGCCCAUCCUGUCACCCUUACUGGGAAGGGUUGUCUUUGACGGUAAGACGAUCAAUGCAAAAUACGUUCGACAAGCUACAAGAGAGUCUGUUAACUUCGUGUCCGCUUUGGAGAGUGCUCACGAAGCCUCUGCAAUUUCUGACGAGACUAUCUGGAUUGAGAUCGGACCACAUCCUGUGUGCACUAGUUUCGUCAAGUCCACCCUUGCCACUAUAAAAUUGGCUGUUUCGUCACUGCACCGAACCGAGGAUAACUGGAAGACAUUCUCUGAGGCUUUGACCGCUCUGUCCCUGCACGGCGUUGAUGUCCGCUGGCAAGAAUUCCAUCGUCCUUUCGAGCAGAAUCUUCGCCUUCUUAACCUGCCUGCGUAUGCUUGGGACGAGAAGAAUUACUGGCUGCAAUACCAAGGUGAUUGGUGCCUAACCAAGGGGAACGACUUCUACACCACCAAGAACCAGAAAGCUCUUCCUCAGAACCCGCUGGCAAGUGAAGUUCAGACGUCAACUGUGCAGAGUAUCAUUGAGGCCAAAUUCGAUGGCACAGCUGGUACCGUGACUAUGGAGUCAGACCUAAUGCAAGCAGACUUCCUCGCCGCAGCUCAUGGACAUCGCAUGAACGAUUGUGGAGUUGUUACAUCUUCUAUCCAUGCUGAUAUUGCUUACACGCUUGGCCAAUACCUGCUCAAGAAGUCUGGUGUCAAGACAAGCAAGAACAGUAUCAACAUCACCGAGCUCGACGUGACAAAGGGACUUGUGGCGCAAAAGGACACGAAGACACCUCAGAAAAUCAGAGUAUCCAUCUCCACUCCAGAGAUGACUUCAGGUCUAGCCAACAUGUCGUGGUGCAAUGUUGACAACAGCGGUGUUGCUCAAGAGCCUUUUGCCACAGCAACCCUCGUCUAUGGCGAACCAUCUGAGUGGCUCUCGUCUUGGACACCGUUGAGUCAUCUCAUCGAAAGCCGCAUUGACGCUCUUACCGAACUUGCAAACAAAGGUCAAGCAAGUCGAUUUACCGGAAACAUGGCCUACACUCUGUUCGCAAGCAACUUGGUUGACUAUGCUGAGAAGUAUCGUGGCAUGCAGAACGUUGUGCUGCGCGAUCUAGAAGCAUUCGCCGAUGUGCAACUGACUACCCAUGAAGGUGGAGUGUGGACAGUGCCGCCCUACUUCAUCGACAGUGUUGCUCAUCUUGCCGGAUUCAUCAUGAACUGCUCCGAUGCAAUGGACACGGCCAAGAACUUCUGCGUGACUCCUGGCUGGAAAUCCAUGCGCUUUGCCAAGCCACUUGUCGCCGGCAUGAAAUACCGCUCAUAUGUCAAGAUGAUCCCCACUCCCGAGGAUGCCACAGUCUACACGGGAGAUGUGUACAUCAUGCAAGAUGGCCAGAUCAUCGGGCUCGUGGGAGGCAUCAAGUUCCGUCGAUACCCACGCCUGCUGCUGAGUCGAUUCUUCUCAGCACCAAACCAAGCCAAUACCUCGGUGCCUCAAAAGACUUCACACGCGGUGUGCAAGGCACCUGAGCCCAAAACCGCCCCACAGAAGCCUAGUAGCGAGCAGAAGCCGGUCAUCUCUGCCAAAACAGAGACACCCGUUGCCAUUGCUGAGCCUGCUGCAGUCAAGGACACAACAGGCGCCCCUACUAUCGUCGACAGAGCCCUCGAACUCAUCGCCAAAGAAGCCGGCCUUGAUGCUUCAGAGUUGAAAGAUGACGCUGACUUUGCAGAUCUCGGAGUCGACAGUCUCAUGUCCCUUGUCAUUACCGAGAAGUUCAAGACUACGCUGGAUGUGGUGGUGGGUGGCAGUUUGUUUUUGGAUUAUCCAAGCAUCGGUGAUUUGCGUGGAUGGCUGGAGGCGAGUUAUUGCUAG